UAGUGUGUUAAUCAAUGGCUCUCACGCUUUUGCUCCGAAGUCCGAACAAUCCCUCACCGUUGGGAGCCGUAGUUCGGAGGAGCUUCCGCUCAGAUGCGGCGUUGGAAGCCAUAGCAAAAGCUUCGGAACAAAAAAUCCCAAACGUAAUUCUCUACAACUACCCAUCCUUCUCUGGAGCUUUCUCCGCUCUCUUCGCUCACCUCUUCCACUCUACCCUCAAUCUCCCUUCUCUCAUUCUCCCCUUCUCUUCAAUUCACCCUCUCAAACCCGAAGACUUUGACAUCCAUGGCGUUUCGAAAUGCUAUCUGCUUGACCUAAUUGGACCUAAAGGGUUUGCUCUCAAACUCGCUCAGCGCUCAUCGUUCGAGGUUAUAGCAUUUGAUCAUCGAAAAUCAGUGCUUGCACAGGUUCCUUGUGAAGAAGAUUGUCCUCGUAACCUCAAAUUUCAUGUUGAUGUUGAAAAAAGUAGCUCUAGUGCUGUGUAUGAUUACUUUUGUGAUCAACUUGCACAUUUCGGAUUUCCUAAGGGGAUGGUUGCAAGUUUGUUAGACCCAAAAGACCGAGAUCGUGUUGAAAUGGUUCUUAAGUAUAUCGAAGACAGUGAUCUUCGCCGAUGGAGCUUACCGGAUAUUAGGGCGUUUAAUAUUGGAAUUGAUCAAUGGCGCUCAAAGUUGAACUGCAUCACUAAUCCAUACAUGUAUGAACAGUUACUGGAGUUAAGUUCUGUGGAUUUAAUUUCCUAAGGGCAACGCUUAUAUUCCUCUCGCCAGAAUGCUGCAGAUAAAUUUCUAAAUAAGGUUUUCAAAGUUCACUUGGGCAGAGGAUUUUAUGGGGAGUGUCUGGGAGUUAGAGUGGACGGGAAUUCCAAUUUAAGUGAUGAAAUUGGCAAGCAACUUGGUGUAAAGAGUGCUGCAGCAGGUCUAAGGCCUAUAGGAGCUGUUGUAUACAUGCAACGAAAUAAUCUUAAAAUGUGCUUGAGAAGUAUUGACAGUGCCACUGAUACCUCUGAAGUUGCAAAGGCAUAUGGUGGAGGAGGUUCCCCAAGUUCUAGUUCCUUCAUCAUAAGGAUGGAUGAGUAUAACCAGUGGCUUUCAGUAAAUUCAUCAUGAGCAUGUCAAGUUAUAAUGCUGAUUGGAAGAGUAAAAGUAAAGGCCAUAGCUGCAGCAAAGAGAAGUCCCCACCAUGGCAUCUGAACUUGAUUAUUUAAAAAUAUGCAGAGUGCAAGGGAAACUGCCAUUGUCACAACAAGCAACAUGUAAAACCACCAGGAAGUGAUUGCGCUGUAUUCGUGUGAUGGAACAAAAAUUCAGGUUUAUUACUGAUAUUAUUACAGUUGGUGACUUGGUGUAAAAACUAAAUACUGGUAAGAGGAUUGGCUGUCUCACAUGCAUGCAUGAUGCAUGGUGGCCUGAUUGUGUGGUUAAGAGCAUCAAGGCAUGAUAAGGAGACACAUAAAGAAGGAUAUCACUCUGUAUCCAUGUAGUAGCCUUUACUCUUUUUUAAUUGAUCAAUUGCGACUUUGACGGUACCGCAGUUCGUUCCACAUGAUCCAUUUAAUUUAGAACUGUUAAAAUGCCCACUUGCUCUCUCUUUUUGGAUCAUAUUUUACUUGGUUUGGACAAGUUGGUACAAUUUUAGAUCGAUUUUGAGACGACUAUAUUGAAUUUAUGAAUAUUGAAAUUGUAAAUCAAUAAUUGUUUUAUCCUUAUGGGUCACAUGCAA